AAAUAAGAAAAAUACAAGACAAUGAAACGCCAAGAGAAAAGAUUUACACUUUUCUAAACUGGCACAAAGAACAACAAGAACCUACUAAACAAUACUAUAAAAAUGAAAUAGCAGAGCAAGAAAGAAAUUACCAAUACACAUAUGAUGAUGCUAUACAAAUACAAUCUAAAUAA